CUGACAAGACGGGUUUGUGACCGUUCGGUCGACGGGCUCGCAAGAAGCCCCGCGACGCUUCUUGUCGCAAAGUGAUCGCCAUCGAGAGUGGUGAACGUAAUGUGACAAGAGAAGGUGAAGAGAUGACGGUGACUCCGUCCACCUCCGAUGUGGCUGACAAGGCAGUUUCGACGGACGAUGGUGGCAGUGGAAUGGAGGUGGCACGUCUCGAAGCCGUCCUCGCUGCUCUGGUGGAAACAAAGGUGGAGGCGAUCAAGGCCUCCUCGACCGUGAGCAAACGUUCCGGUAGCGCACCGGCCAGUCCGCGUCGGCUAAGGCUAACCUCCACCUCGACCGCCUCCUCAUCGCUGAAUCAUCACCACCAGCAUCGACGGAAGAGCCACCAUCACCAUCACCACCACUACCACCAUUACCAUCACCACCACCAUCACCGCAAGAGGCACGAUUCAGCACCGUGCGACGAGUACAUCGAGGAUGCUCCCGACCACCAUCAGCACAACUCUCAUCAUGGUAAAGGAAGACGAAGAGCAUCGGAGAGUCCACGACGUCCAAGAAAGAAACGCAAACAUUCCAAGAGCCCAAACAUCCUCCACGGUGUAGUCCAGGACGUUCAGACUGGUCUCAAUUCACGUUUCGAGCUCCUCAGAAUGGAUGGCGACCAAGAUCUCGCAUUGAUCAAUUUUGAAAGGACUCGAGAAACCCUCAGCGAUUCCUGCGAAUAUCCGCAGUUGCACCGAAGUGCCUGCUACUUUUCCCAAAGUACAGCUCAAUUAAAGAUCCACUACGACAACGACGACAAUUACGUGGCGUUAAACGUAGCGGACGAUUUAGAAGAAGAAAUUCUGAGCGGCAUCGAAAAGAUCGAGGAACCUCGUGAAAAGUAUCAUCGGCCCCGCAAAAAGCGAAAACGGAAACGGCAUAAGGUUAUCAACGCGGGUCCUCGAGAAGAGCUCGUCGAUCCCGAAGAACUUCCUCCACGCGCACGUUGGACGAUCGUCGCGACUGCUUGCCUUCUGCUCGCCAUGUCUUUGCUGUUGGUCGGAGUAACCCUGAGGAUGGCACCGAUUAUAGACGAUAUGGUGCGCAAGGAAAACGAAGAGCUGCUGAAUUCUCUCAACAGAGAUUUUACCGUUGAAAACUCAACGGUACCUCCCUAAGGAAGAUGUUUCACAGCAGAAAAAAAAUAGCUUAUUUCGGUGCGCGUUCGAGAGAAGUUUGGCGGGAAGAUAGGAGCAGCUGAAGUAUUAUCAAGAGAAAAAGUAGCAGAUAGAAUCGCGACGAAGAUUUCGUUUCGAAGUGUCAGGAAUGACCGUCGCAAUCUGCAAGGGACGGAUUUUUAAUAAGAUUCUAUUCACGAUUGUAUUCGAGAAAUUUUAGACGCAACCACGAAAAUAUUUAAUUUUAGUUUAUUGAACGCCAUCAUGGUGCGCGGCCAUCUUGUCGACUACGCUAAUAAUACGAACUUCUAAUUAAAAAUUUGUAGAUCCGCGAUAAAGUAGAAUCGAUGCUGUAACGUUGUCCCUACUGUUUCGAAGCAACAUCCGAGAUCACUUUUUCAUUGAAAGUUCCGUAGCCUAAAGGACAUUUUCGAGAGAUGUUCAGUGAGCCAUAAUACAAUGGAGAAACAGAAGUUAUCGAUGUUGGCACGAGAAGUCGAUCGCGCGAGAUUUGAUACAAUAACGCGGCACGAAAUUGUAUUGUACGUUUUCUCAGUGCGCGCGAAGUUUUACUGGAAAUAAGAACGUCAUCCGACUAGCUUCGAGAAAUCGAAUUUCGAGUAUCGGUCAAAGAGAAGUACUUGAAAGAUACGCGUCUAAUUCGUUGCGUAUCCCUGUUGAAAGAAGAGAUCGAAAUAUAAAUAUUUUUGCAAUUAAAUAGUUCCGUUUUUAUCUCGUAAGAAUAUGAAAGUUUGUUACAGGAAUGACCCGAUUGAAAUGUUUAAACUAUUAGAGAAGACAAUUUUAGAAGAAAGUAGCAUUUGUAUAGUACUUGAAAUUCGUUCGUUUCAAGCUAUAAUUUACGAGGUGGAUAACGUAUAGGCUGCUCAAGCGAGAGUGAAGAGGCAAACGCGCAUGCGUCGAGGUGAUACGGGCGUGGUUAGCGCGGAAUCUCGCCCCCCACCACUGCGGUUACGCCCAUCUGUCACGCCCCUGAGAGGCGUCCAUUGGCUCACAGCUACAUGCCCCUCCUUUAUUCGUAAACCGAAACAAAGUUUACUGCAAAUUUCUGCUCAAACCAACCACAAGAAGCGUAUUACUCGCUCAAAGACCUCACUCUUACUUGAUCGGACUGUGCCAACGUUUCGUUGAUGUUUCCAAAGAAAUUAAUAGGCUCUUCUAGUCAGUAUUUUAUUAUAAACUUUCCGAGUAUAACGACCCGCUUAUACAUAUAAGACCGGUAUAGUCUUCCACGUUGAAAGAAAAUUAAUAUAACAAAACACUUAGUAAGAGAACAAAUUAUUUGAUGCUUCUUCCCAAAGAAUUAUUCGUUUGAUCUCGAGCCACUGUUAAACGGACACGCGUGAAACAUUGUAAAUGAAAUAUUUGUUGUUAAUCAGCGAUCGUUAGACGAUGGUAACAAUAGCGAUUGUUACCGUCGGUUGUUUGUAAGAUACGAACUGUCUCAAGUUGAAAGUAAAAGCAUCGAUUAUGAAAUUAGAUUGUUCUAGUGUCGCUUUAAAGAUGGAUGAACGAGGGGAUAUUGUCGCAACUGAUAAAUUCUAUUACUUGAAACGCUCAUUUAUAAACUUCGAUAAUAAUAUUGGAUAAGUAUGGAAAUAAAUGUCUACGAAUGACUUCGAUUAGAAGAGUUCAUUUAAAAUUGAGCGAAGCGGGUCGGACUUGAUAGUCAUCGAUAGUCAUCGAUCCUCUUUGCAGCACUAAUUCAUAGUCCACGUUACUAAACACAUACGCAAAGGAAAGAUAAUGUUUCCUUAAGGUGAUGUACUCUUGGAAUUUGUUAAAGAAGUGAUAUAGUUAUACUACUAAUUACUUUUUGUUGAACUCGGAUGUAUCAAUAUUAUUGUUCAGGUUUUAUUAAUGAGAAUUUAUUUAAUGUUAUAGUGCCUUUUGAUAAAUUAAAGCUUGGAACGUGUAAGGGAUUUCACUAAAAAGAUAAUUAAAAGAAAGAACGAAUUACAACAGUGACAGUUAUAGUGGUGAUAACUGUAACGAUUAUAACAACUGUGACUGUUAUUGUGAUUGUAACAGCGACUAUGUUCACUAUGUCGAUUGUGACAAUUAUAUUGGCUAUGACUAUGAUACUAACGACUGUAAUUAUGAUAAUUAUGAUAACUAUUGGGAAUAUAUUGACUAUAAUGACGAUAACAACUGUGAAAUCUGCAUUCUACUUGCAUUCUAUUAAUUACUUCAAACAUUACAUUCAAGUUACAAAAGUUUAAAAAUACCGACCCAACUUUAAAAUAAUUCAAAACAUAAAUCACACUGUUUCGAUGCGGAGAGAAAAUAUUUGAGAUGAGAAUGAAAACUUCACACGAUUUAGUUUCUCAGGACUAUGAAUGAAUGCUGCAAGUUUUGGAAAUAAACCGGUGCUUUUGGUUUCACGUUUUACGUGAUUUAAACACGGAAUGUCUGGGUGCGUACGAGCAUAAAUAACUAUGCAACAAAGCUGUCAGAACUAUUUUUUGUAUACAAUCGAAACAAUUUUCUUGUGAAUAUGUAAUCAUCGGUCUGAUAACAUUUUUAUAUUUUAAAUAUAUAUAUAAAUAUCGACCGUUAACAUAAAUUCACGAAAUUAUUUUGCAUUCUUUGUUGAUCGAUAUCAUCUACGUAGAACCGAGAGAUAGAGCUUCACUGCAACCCUAAUCGAUUCGAGAAAUCUGUGUACACCACUUCUCGUCCCCUUUCUCAGAUCGUAGUCACAGCUAAACGAGUAUGUAAUCACUGACAAGUAGAUUUCGACAAAUAACCGUAUAAGUCGUAGUUUUUCGGAGAACUUGCCUUUUAGAAAGCCAAUAACCUAUCGAACGAAACCCAACUACAGUCUCCGUUAAAGAGUUAAUCAACGGGGAAAAUGUUCGAUACCGGAUACGAUCGAGUGACUAUCGAAACGAUGGACAAACGGAAUUUCUUCGAGGACAAAUGACCUAAACGAGUAAAAGCAUUUUUGCGUUGCGUCGAGGACGAUUUAUAAUGAGUCGAGAUUAUUGGUACGCACACAGGAAGUAACGGGGAUGCGAGAGAUAAGAGAAAUAAUUUAACAUUUUUCUAUCUUUUUUAGUUAAGAAACGUAAUGUUUAGAUCAAGAGCUCGUAAAAUGAUGAACAAAAUGUCAGAAUAUUACCAUUUAUUAAUAUGAUAGAAAGAAACGAAAGAAUUCUGUGUAUUAUUUAUGUAUAAGCUGUUGUAACGAUCAAUUAACAUCUUACAAUAGCGAACAAAAAGAGUCGAGAAGAAAAAGAAACUGUAAUAUCACGCUAUUAGCAAAAAAAAAACCUAGUUCAGAUACAGGAAAUUUAGUAACUUUCUAUUAGAAAAUUGAGAGCAUUAUAAAAUAUGUGUCAAUAUUACAAAUAAACGUUACUGAACUGUUUGGAAUAUUAUUACAAGAUUGGCAAAUGAUAGAAUACAAAAUAAACCUGAUUUUGGAAUAAAUAAACUGUUAAAUUUUGUUAAGGAAUGACGAAGGAAUGUCAUAAUAUUACAGAAAAUUAUUUAAAAAAUGAAUUAAGGCCAAAUGAUCAAACCAAUAGGUUACCCUACCAGAUAUUAACACUGGUAAAAUUAUUAACUUUUAUAACAUGUGCCAAUAAUUCUAUAAUAAAUAUUGCUCUAAAUAUUACCCAGAAUUGUUUCGUUUGUUUUCCUUCUAAUAGUAAUAAACGAUGUCACUUUUAUUUUGUUUCCCCACUUUUACAAGUGGAAAAUCUAAAUAUUAUAUUUCUUAAAUAAAAAUCGCAGACAAAUUUUGUCCUGCCUCUUUCUUCCUCCGUACCCCUACUACUCCCUACGCGUACAGCAAUAAGUGUGCGACUCGCUGUAUCUUUCUUAGAAUUAAUAAUACGCGUAACAAUAACGAUUAACGGUUUCGAUCAACUCGGUUGUAUCGGAAUGAAAAUGAUCGUCUCGAGUGUGAGUAUAUAAAAAACGAUUCGGCUCGAUUAUAUACGCGGCAAAUAAGGUAUUUCUCGACAAUAUAUUGUCAAUGGACGAGAACUGAAAACGAUAUCGAUGAUCUAAAUAACGAUGAAUUAUGUGUAAUCUGUUGUAUAAGAGAAACGAGGCGCGCGUUGAAAGUAUCACGCUGAGACACGAGCGAAUCGUGAACGAUAAUGUGUGCUAGAUAUUGAUAAUUGAUAGAAACUUUGUAACGAUGAAGAGAAACGUUAAUACGUAUCACUAGGCGAGAACAAUGUAUACCAAAUAAGUAUUUAGUUAUGUUAGUAAUACGAAACAAAGUUAACGAAGCGUUAUACGAUAAAUUAACCGUUUUAUCCAUCGACGAACAACCAUUUUCUAUCUCGUCAAUUCUUGUCUUUUGCGCCGCGUUAUCGAUUAUGCUAAUACGCUACUUCUCUUACUAUUCUAAAUACAGCCGUCCUUAAGAAAUGUAACCCUUCUUUUCAAGGGACACGAGAAGGGAAAAAGACAGGCUUUCGUCGUGAGGUUCUUUGAAACUAAAGUGUCGUAUUCGGGACGCGUUGAAAACAGAAUUUCCAUUUUCGUAUUUGCUACACGCGCACUGUUCGCGUCCAAGAAUUGAUAUCAAAGCACGCAGACGCAAAAACUUCAUGGAAAUUAAAAACUACAAACAGAAUUGGUCCUUUCGUAUUUUCAAAAUCAUCUGUUGAUAUUCAAGCAUUGAUAUUGAAGUACGCAGACCUCAAAAACCUCAUGGAUAUUGAAAAAUAAAAAUUUGUUAAAUGAAUACUGCACCAUUGUUUCUUUCGACGCUGAAAGUUCUGGUUUAACAGAGACUGUUAAACAUGCACCGUUUCGGUUUUUUGACUGGCUGUCGGAAAGAACAAUGUAUUAUUUUAUUUGAAAAUAGUUUGUAUAUUUCUAACUUUAUCCAUAGGUUCAACAAUUUUUGAUUUCGGAAAUUUAUCGACGAGUUAAGUUUUCAAUAUACUUUUUGGUAUAAUGAAAACUCGAAUUACAGUAGGACUUCGUUUAUCCAAAUUCCCAUUAGAUGUAUUAUCUAAAUUCUCUAUUAGUCGUACUCUCUGUUAUUCGGACUGUCUGUCAUCCGAUACAGUUUUUUAAUACAUUUUGAACUUAAGUGAUUCACAUACGAUCGAGGAAUUAACAUUUGAGAGGUUAGAAGUAGGACUGAUAUGGUACGAAGCACAACAAGAAUGUAACUUUUUAUCUAUAGAAUUAAAUCUGUUGACACAAUUGUGUGAUUUAACGAUUAAAUAGAUUUGGAAUACUGAAUUUUAUUCUAAUUGUUUAUACGUCCUUGUUUGAAAUAUAUUAUAUAUAAUACAUAUUUUGACACUUGAACGUAUACCAGCAGACGAUUAUGAAAAUUGUCAAAAAAGAAACUAAAGGGUUUUCCAAAAAGUGCUUUGUGAUUUUGUUUUUUAAUUAGCAAACGUUAUUGAAUAUACCUGUCUCUUCUGUUUAAAAUGAACAUGGUCUCCCUCCCCCUUGGGACCCUUAAUAAAUUGAUCCUGAUAAAUAAUAAAUGACUCUUAAAGCCCAUGGGCCCUACAAGGAGC